AUGCUAGUAAUCAACGUGUCGUAUCUACUCAUAGCCACCGGGGUGGUAUACCUGGGAUUACUGGUAGUAGGCGGCGGGUCGGAGGCGCGGACGGAGUGGGACACGGGGAACAUCGACGCGGUGGAUCAGGACAUGUUUCGCCGAGCCAUGGAGCAACCCACGCAGACGGAUCUCGCCGCCGUGCAACCAAAGAUCGCGUUCCUAUUUCUCGUCAGAGGGCCGCUUCCGCUCGAGCGAGUCUGGCAAAGAUUCUUCCAGGGCCACGAGGGGCGCUACUCCAUCUACAUCCACGCGUCCACCGCCGACUACGAGUGCGACAAGCACGUCAACUCCUCCGUCUUCCGCGGCCGCCAAAUACCCAGCGUUCCUAUCACGUGGGGCGGUCCCAACCUCAUCCGCGCGGAGCGCCGGCUGCUCGCCGCGGCGCUUGCGGAUCCCGCCAACCAGCGCUUCGUGCUGCUGUCGGAGUCCUGUCUGCCGCUAUUCAACUUCACGCACGUCUUCGACUACCUCAUGGCCUCCGACAAGAGCUUCGUUACAAGCCAUGCGAGCGUGUGGCGGUACCGGAAGGAGAUGGCGCCCGUCAUCAAGGGCCAGGACUUCAAAAAGGGAUCGCAGUGGUUUGCAUUGACGCGAGCGCAUGCAGCCAAGGUGGUGGAGGACAGCAAGUUCUACGAGACGUUCGUCAAAACCAACGCUGAGCCUCGCCCUUCCCUCAACCCAGACUAUCUCGCUUGCUUACACUUGCGCUCUUCCUGCUCUCAAUCACUCAAUGCGUGUCUUGCCUUGAAUUGCAACGCGCUGCCUUCCUCACCAUUGCCUGCUGCUCUCUCCCUCCUGCCUGUCCUCUCCUCCACUCAGAUGCUGGACCGGAAGGCAGUGGAGCCGCGCAGUGUGCUGUACGUGCACUGGUUCACGUCCUCGUCCAGCCACCCCAUGAGCUACAACACGAGUCAAGUCACCAGGGAAUUCAUCCUCUCCUUGCAAGUAGGUCCCCUCCCCUUUAUCUCUUAA